CUUUUAAAUAAGACGAACGGUCAAAUAUGUUUAAAAAAGUCAACGGUGUCAAACAUUUAGGGAAGGAGGGAGUAUAUAUACACAUACGGCCACGCGCUCGAUCGAUCGAUAACCACCUUGCCUUGCUUGCCUCUCAUCAGACGAUUGAUCGACAAGAGAGAGAAAGAGCUUGCGUCGCAAUGACCGCCGUCGACUUGAUGCCUGCAGCUGACGACGACAACAACAAGCAGUCAUCCACCGGCCUCCUCCACCACCACCAGCUCCCCGCCGCCGCCGACAACGCCAUACUACACAAUACCAGGCGGCUGGAGGGGAAGGUGGCCAUCGUCACCGGCGGCUCGCGUGGCAUCGGCGAAGCCAUCGUAAGGGCCUUCGUUCACCACGGCGCUCUCGUCGUCGUCGCCGACAUCGACGACGCCGGGGGCCACGCGCUGGCCGCCGCGCUCGGCCCGCACGCCUGCACCUACGUCCACUGCGACGUGGCCGAGGAGGCCGACGUGGAACGCGCCGUCGCCACCACGCUGGAGCAGCACGGCCGCCUGGACGUGCUGUGCAACAACGCCGGGGUGCUGGGCCGCCAGACGCGCGGCGCCAAGAGCAUCGCGUCCCUCGACGCCGCCGAGUUCGCCCGCGUGCUGCGCGUCAACGCGCUGGGCGCCGCCCUCGGAAUGAAGCACGCGGCGCGUGCCAUGGUGCCCCGCCGCUCCGGGAGCAUCGUGUCGGUGGCGAGCGUGGCGGGCGUGCUGGGCGGCCUCGGCCCGCACGCGUACACGGCCUCCAAGCACGCCCUAGUGGGGCUCACCAAGAACGCCGCCUGCGAGCUCGGGGAGCACGGCAUCCGCGUCAACUGCAUCUCCCCCUUCGGCGUGGCGACGCCGAUGCUGGUGAACGCGUGGCGGCAGGGGCAGGGAGGAGAUCACGCGGAUGAGGAUCAGGCGGCGGCGAGCGAGGAGGAGGAGGUGGAGAAGAUGGAGGAGAUGGUGCGGAGGCUGGCGACGCUCAAGGGGCCGACGCUGCGGGCAGGCGACAUCGCGGAGGCGGCGGUGUUCCUGGCCAGCGACGAGUCCAGGUACGUGUCCGGCCACAACCUCGUCGUCGACGGCGGCGUCACCACCUCCAGAAACGUCAUCGGCCUCUGAAUUGAAUCUCUCUCUCUCUCUCUUAGCUAAUUACUAUUUCAGUUAUAUAUAUAUAUAUAUAUAUAUAAGUCCGUGACCGUCCUCAUCGAUCAUAUGAUGAUCGAUGGAUGUACUCCCGCAUGCUCGACUGUGCUGUCUGAAAUCUGAUGACUGAAUUCCAGCACUUGCGCAUUGUUGAUUAUUAUGCCAAUAUUAGUGUGCAUCCAUGCAUGAUUUUGCCAA